AAAUAUAGGUUGUAAUGCUCUUUUUGAAGGCAAGCAAUAAGAAGAAUAUUAUCUCCUAUUGCCCGGCUCCCUGAGGAGCCGGAACCCUAGCCGCCAACAGCCCUAGCCACCGCCCUUCUCCUAGCCGCGACGGCGCCCUGCCGCCGGCGCGCCCGCUCCUCGCCGCGCCCACUUCCUCCUUGCCCCUACAACCUACGCAGUAGAGCCGGUAGGAACCCUAGUCCUACCAGAAACACUAGGUUUGAAACAGAAGGAAGGACGAAAUAUCAAUAUAGCAUGGGAUUUCACUAGCAGAGUUAAUCAAAUUCUGAAAAAUCACUCAGACACCGGUGUGAAGAUACUCGAGUUUGUAAUCAAUAAUCGUCACAAUGUCAACACAUGUCAGCUAAAUAGUUGGCUCCAGAAAGCUGUCACACCAGGGAUUGAAAAAAUCACCCUUUUUCUGCCUAUGGAAUAUAGGGAAGAGUACAACUUCCCGUGCUCAGUUUUAUUUGAUGGGCGUGGAAACUCAAUUUGGUAUCUUAACCUCACCAAUUGCGCCUUCCGUCCCGUGGCUGGAUUUGAUUGCUUGAGAAGCCUGACAAAGCUGCGUCUUUAUGGAGUUUGUAUCAGGGGGGAUGAGUUAGGGCAUCUUAUUUCCAAUUGUUUUGCUUCGGAGGAGUUGCAAGUCUGGUGUUGCAUGGAGCUAAUCUGCUUGACGAUACCAUUCUGGCUGCAGCGGCUUAGUUGUUUGACUGUCAGAGUGCGAUAUGCUGCGAGUGAUAGAGAGCACAGCUCCAAACCUCACCACUUUAGACUUCUUUGGUGAACCAGUACAACUUGUGCUUAGAGAAUCAUCAAAGGUAAAAAACUUGAAAGUGGGGUAUUCAUAUAAGCCCAAUGCUAUAAGUUAUGCUAUCACUAAGCUACCUUCUAUUGUGCCACAUCUUCAGACUCUUACUAUAUACUCGUCUUCUGAGACGGUUAAUACCCCAAUGGUAGCUGACAAAUUCCUUGACAUAAAGCACUUGAAUAUUCACCUUGGUGAGGAUUAUGAUGACGCUGUUACCCCGACCUAUGAUUAUUUAUCCUUGGCUUUGUUUCUGGAUGCUUGUCCUGUCCUGGAGAGUUUCACCUUAAUUGUAGAUCAGAGUGAUAUGCAGCAUGAUUCGGUUUUUGGGAAUCCCUCCUUGUUUUUGAGGCAGAUUCUUCAACACAAGCAUGAGAGGCUCAAGAAGGUGCAGAUCAUUGGCUUCUGCUCUGCAAAGAGCAUGGUUGAGCUAACAUGUGAUAUUCUCAAGAAUGCAACAUCACUUGAGAGCCUCACUCUGGACUGUGUAUUUGGUGCGGGUACGGGGGCCAUUAGUGAUUCUGUUAGGUGUGGUCCCUCAAAAUCCGAUAAAUGCUGGAUCAGAAGCCGAACUAUGAUCUUGGAAGCACAUAAAGCACUCGGGGCCAUCAAAACGUACAUCCUGGAGAGAGUUCCCCCUGCAGUCAAGUUAAAUGUUGGGGGGCCUUGUACCGGUGCCAAGCUAUGGAUGUGAUGCUUUAGUUUUUAAUGUUGCAGAUGCUGUCAUCGUCAUUGUUCAGUAUUGUUUAUAGCUAGUAUAUGCAACGCCAAAUGUGUUGUCAAAGUUUUUCUAUGCUAUGCACCUUAUUGGCGUCUCUUA